CCGGGUCGAGGAGCGCGCGGCGGCGGCAGCGGCGGCCGGGCCUAGUCGUUGCUCUCGCUCGGGCGGCGGCGAGCGCCUGGGAACGGCCGGCGGGGCGCGAGGGUCCCGGAUCGAACCCCCAUGUCCAGCGAUGGACGACGACAGCCUGGACGAGCUUGUGGGCCGCAGCCCAGGGCCAGACGCACGCCUGCCCCUCGGCGCUGCUGCCCUGGCUGGCGGUGCUGGAGAGAGCGGGGACGAUGACAGCGGGGACUCUGAGGAGGACACAGGCAGUGAGCUCGGCGACAGCACGGACGCGGACGACGGGUCUGGCUCGGAAGGCGCCACCACCGACGACAGUGACGAUGACGACGACGUGGAAAUAGUGGCGGCGGCGAGCACCCAGGGGCCGCUGGAGGCCGGGGGCGGGUGGCAUUCUGACGAUGACGCCGAGAGCUGCCCGAUCUGUCUCAACACUUUCCGGGGCCAGGCCGUGGGGACGCCGGAGACGUGCUCCCACCACUUCUGCCUGGACUGCAUCUCGGAGUGGGCGAAGAACGCCAACUCCUGCCCGGUGGACCGAGCCCUGUUCAGCUGCAUCUGCAUCCGAGCCCAGUUUGGUGGGAAAAUCCUGAAGAAGGUCCCGGUGGAGAGUGCCCGGGCCAGGGAGGAGGAGGAGGAGGACCCGACCUUCUGCGAGGUGUGCGGCCGCAGCGACCGGGAGGACCGCCUGCUGCUCUGUGACAGCUGCGACUCGGGGUACCACAUGGAGUGUCUGGACCCCCCUCUGCAGGAGGUGCCGGUGGACGAGUGGUUCUGUCCGGAAUGUGCCGUCCCCGGAGCCGCCGUCCCUCCCACAGACACGGACUCUGUGACCGAGGAGGAGGUCUCCCUGCUCUUGGUGGACGUGGUGCCCACCCCCAGCCGGCUGCGGCCCCGCGCCGGGCGGACUCGGGCCAUCACUCGGACUCGGCAGAGCGAGCGCGUCCGCGCCGCUGUGGACCGGAGCCGCAUGUCCACGGCCCAGAACAUCCAGCGCGUCCCGAGGUACCUGAUGUCCUCUCUGCUGGACGAGACCAUCGAAGCCGUUGCCUCUGGUCUGAGCACCACUGUGUAUCAGCGCCCGGCGACGCCGCGGGCCCCCACCAGACGCAGGAGGAAAGCCAGGAGACGGAGGAAAGUGCGGGGGAGGAAGAGAGCCCAGCCCCGACCGGCCGUGAGGAGCAGGAGCUCGGGGACGAGGUCCAAGAGGCGCCAGGGCCGCGGGAAGAAGAGGAGGGGGACGAAGACCACGGGGGAAGCCACAGCCCGCUGCCGCAUCGCGCGGGCGCUGGGCCUCCGGGGGCCGACCCGCGGGGCCUGCCUCCCGUCCGUGUACAAGCCCGCGGACCCCUCCCUGGGGCUGAUGCGUGCGGACAUCGGGGUGGCCCCCCUCUCUCUGUUUGGAGACCCCUCCGAGCUGGACCCUGUCGACAGCAGCGAGGAGCCGCCCGCCAGCCCCGCUUCCCCGCUGAGCGCCAAGAGGAGGGUCCUCUCCCGCUCGGCCCUGCGGUCGCACCAGCCUGUGGCCCGGCCUGUCUCCAUGGGGCUCUCCAGGAGGAGCGUGCCCGCCGCGGCGCCCGGGCCCGAUGCGGAUGAGGCGCCCGUCCCAGACCUGCUGGGCAGCAUCUUGUCGAGCCAGAGCCUGCUGCUGAUGGACAGCGCCGACAUCACCAUCCACCGGGACGGCUCGCUCAGCGCCAAGCACACCGCCCCUCUCUCUUCUCAGCGAGACCCAGCUGGUUCGUCCCGAGAGAGAGAAGGCCCCGGGCCCAGGGACGGUCUGCAGCCCCCGGCUCCAAGCCCAGGGUGCCCGGGAAGCCUGGGGUCGCGCUGCCAAGGCCGGCCGGCCCCCUCCCGUGUUCCCGAGCUCACGCCAGGGGCUGCGAGGAGACAGGACCCCUCGGCGGCCCCACGGUUGGGCCAGCCCCGCUCGCACCUGUGGAACGGCAGCGGCCUCGGCCUGAAACCACCCGGCCGCCCCCAUGCAGGCAGCGGCGAGCACACCGUGCCUCUUAGGUUCACAUCUGAGAUCUCCAACGGUGGCUGUGACUUGCCAGCCAAGAGCACGGUGCUGGGACAGGCCCCGAAACCAGCCCCUAGGAGAGCGGACAUCUCUGAGCUCCCCCGGAUACCAAAGAUAAGAAGGGAUGGCGGUGGGCGGACGGACCCAGCCCCGGCCCCCACGGGCGGGCAGCCCGUCGAGCUCCCCAGCUCCUGCAUCAGCCGGCUGACGGGCAGGGAGGGCCCCGGGCAGCCUGGCCUCGGCUCCCGGACGGAGGGCGAGCCCCGUGGCAGGGGCUCCCAGGAGCCCGGCGUGCCCUCAGGGGGCGGCGCCCAGCCCCCCACCCCGCUGGGGCCCUCCAGGGGGAAGGGCAGCAGCUCCACCUUCGAGAGCUUCAGGAUCAACAUCCCGGGGAACACGGCGCCGCCCAGCAGACCCGCCCACCCCGGCUUCUGCCACACGUUCCGGCCCGUGGAGAGCAAGGCGCAGAGGAAGGAGAGCCCCUCGCCCCUCUUCUCCCUGCGGAAGGCGAAGCAGCUCAAGGGCGAGAUCUAUGACCCCUUCGACCCCACGGGCUCCGACUCCAGCUCCGCGGGCGGCAGCCCCGAGCGCCUGGGCCCCGGCCUCCUGCCCUCGGAGAUCACCCGCACCAUCUCCGUCGGCGGCAGCCCCGGGACUCCGCCUUCCCAGGCCGUGCGCUGCGUCACCUCCUACACCGUGCGGACGGCCUUCGGGGCGGCGCCCGAGCCCUGCCGCGGGCCUUCCGCCAGCGCGCUCCAGCUCCGGGGCCAGGGGCCUGCCGGCGAGCUGGGCAGAGAGGAGGAGGAGGAGGAGGAGGAGGACUCCGCUGGGGGCCUGGGCGCCGUGGCCCGGGCCCAGAGGCUGUCCCCGCCGCGGCCGGAGCCCUGGGAGGACGAGGACGAGCACGAGCACGAGCACGAGGACCGGCCGCCCCGCAGCGCCUUCUUCAGCUCGGAAGAGCGGACCGUGACAUGUGUGACCGAGGCGGAGCCGCACGCCCCGCCAGCCACCACGCACAGGGUCGUGGAGCUGCGGUCCCCGACCCGCUCGCGCUCGCGCUCUGCCUCCAGCUCCCGGGGCCGCAGGAAGGACAGGAGGAAGCAGGCCGCCGCCCGGGAGCACGGGAGGACCCGCUCCGGCUCCCGCUCCGGGGAUGGGAGCUCCAGGUCUGCGUCCCCACCGGUGGGCGAGGACCACGCCAGGAAGCACCGGCCCAGGGCCCGGGCCCGGCGGUCCUCCAGCGACCGUUCCAGCAGCCCGGAGCGAGCCAGGCGGAAGAAGGCCAAGGACAAGAGCAGGGAGAGGAAGAGGGACUCCGGGAGCCGGGGCCGGCGGAGGUCCCGGUCCCGCUCGGGCAGCCCUGGCAGCUCCUCCCACGAGCACCGCGAGGGCCGGAGGAGGAAGAGGAGGCGGUCCGGUGGCUCUAAGUCUCAGGGGAGGGGGUGCUCUCCCCCCAGCAGCCUGGAGAGGGCCUGGAGGCCCCGCCCCGGCCGGGGGAGGAGCCGUGAGCGGCCCCGAGACACGCGGGGCUCCCGGGAGAGGAGGCGGCACAGGUCCCGGUCCCCCAGGUCCCCCAGCACGGAGCGCAGGCCCCGGGAGCACCGGCGGCCGCGUUCCCGAGAGAGGCGGCCUCGGCCCCGCUCCCCGGAGAGGAGGGUGCCUGUGAAGGAGGCCUCCCCGGCACCCCCUGCCCAGGAGGGGCUGGGGCCAGGCAGGGAGCACCCCGCCAGGCUGCCAGGGGAGGAUGCCUGGUCGGAAGGGGCUGCGGCCCACCAGCCCCCCUCACAGGGCCCCCUGGUGCCAGAGGUGCCGGCCGAGGACCCGCCCGAGGACCUGGAUUACGGUGACUCUGUGGAGGCAGGGCACAUCUUUGAAGACUUUUCCAGCGAGGGCCUCCUCGCUCAGCUGGACGACAUGAGCUCCCCGCCUUCCCCGGAGAGCACCGACUCCUCCCCGGAGCGGGGCGCCCAGCCCUGCCUCGCCCUGCCCACCCCCAGCCAGCAGCCAGGUGCCAGCUUGGCCGGGCCCGGACUCGGGGGGCAGGAGCCGCCGGUCCACAGGGAAGAUGCUGUGCAGCCCCCGCCCUGGGCGGAGGGUCCCCAAGGGGGCGUCUCGUUCCAGCAGGACCAGGCCAAGGCUGUGACGCCUGGCACCCUGGGAGGCCAGGCCGCAGGCGGGGCCCUGGUGGGGCAGGAGGAAGGGCCCUGCCAGACGGCUAUGCUGCGGCCUAAAGCCCCGGUGAAGAGGGUCACCUGGAACCUGCAGGGGGCAGCAGGUGGCGCCCCGGACGAGGACAGAGGCCUGCGGAUGCCGCUUCAUAGACCGCAGCCGCCCCAGGAGGAACCCUGGGGACCCGAAGACGGGGGCCCUCUGGUGGACACCCAGCAGGCACCCUUCCCCGAGCCCCCUCCUCCUGGCCACAGCCUUCCAGACCCAGGCUUCCUCAACGCUGACCUGUCUCAGGUUUACGGCCCCGGCCUGCCGCCCACCCUGGCUCUGCCCACAAGUGUCCUGCCCUACGCGCCUGCCAGCCAGCCCUCGGUCCAGUUCACCCUGCAGGGCAGCCUGCCCCCAGCCGGCUUCGGGGCGGCCCCGAGCCCAGCCCCAGUGCCAGUGCCAGUGCCCGUCGGCCUGACCACAGCCUCAGAGCCGGCUGGCCAGGCCGCUGCCACCAACAACUCGGAGGAGAGGCCGGCCGCUCCCCGGCCGGCCGCAGAGAAGGCCAAGAACGAGGAGUACAUGAAGAAGCUGCACAUGCAAGAGCGGGCGGUGGAGGAGGUGAAGCUGGCCAUCAAGCCCUUCUACCAGCGGAGGGAGGUGACCAAAGAGGAGUACAAGGACAUCCUCCGGAAGGCCGUGCAGAAGAUCUGCCACAGCAAGAGCGGGGAGAUCAACCCCGUGAAGGUGGGCAACCUGGUGAAGGCGUACGUGGGCAAGUACCGGCACAUGCGCCGGCGCCGGCGGCCAGAGGCCGGCGAGGAGCCUGCCGCCCCGGGCGCCGAGGGCUGAGGCCACACCGUCCUCAGCGCCCAGGGGCUGCUGCCCUGGCCCCCGGCGGGGCUGCUGGGGGUGGCAGGAGCAGAAGGCUCUGGGGACACCCAGCACUGCUUUCAGGGUUCCUGUGGCCACACGAGGUCUGCGCACCUGUCCUGUUCGACUUAAAUUGGACUUUUUUAUAUAUGUACAUUACAGAUACACUGUUUCAUUGUGUUCUAAUUUAUCAAAAACAAAUUAUCUUUAGAAACUUC